AUGAAGUUCGGAGAGCAGCUUCGCUCUAGCGUUAUCCACGAGUAUCAGUGGUACUAUAUCGAUUACGAUGGUUUAAAGGAUGAGCUUAAAAGGUCUACGGGCCCUAUCAAAGCCUCAGCCAAAGGCCCCGAAUGGACCGAAGAUGAUGAGACACGCUUCGUCGGCAAGCUCGAGGUCGAGUUGGAAAAGGUUCACACGAAGCAAAAGGUGAAGGCUAUGGAGAUUGCCCGUCGCAUUGCUGUGAGCGAGCGUGAGGUCAAAGAAGUUGUUGGCCGCCUUAACGAGCGCGGUCUUGGUGAGAACGGCCCUACCGAGGAAGAGUUUAUGUUGCUUGAGGAGGAUCUCAGCGACAUCAUCGCCGAUGUCCACGACCUCGCCAAGUUUGUCCAGCUUAACUAUACCGGCUUUUACAAGAUCAUUAAGAAGCACGAUAAAAUGACCGGAUGGCACCUGAAGCCCGUUUUCGAUAGCCGACUUAAAGCCAAGCCCUUUUACAAGGAAAACUACGAUGCUUCCGUCAUCGAGUUGUCCAAGCUUUACGACCUCGUCCGUACUCGUGGAAAUCCCGUCAAGGGUGACAGCGCUGCCGGCGGAGGCCAAGCCAGUUUCAUCCGCCAAACGACUAAAUACUGGGUUCAUCCCGAUAAUGUGACAGAAUUGAAGCUUAUUAUCCUGAAGCACUUGCCCGUUCUGGUCUUCAAUGCCAACAAGGACUUCGAUCCCCAGGAUUCAGCUAUCACGUCGAUUUACUACGACAACCCCGAUAAAUGGGACUUGUACGAAGGCCGACUGAAGAAGACCGAAGGCGCCGAGGCACUUCGACUGCGAUGGUAUGGUGGCAUGAAGACCGAGACUAUUUUCGUUGAGCGCAAAACACAUCGAGAGGACUGGACUGGUGAAAAGUCUGUCAAGGCUCGAUUCUCUAUGAAGGAGAAGAACGUUAACGCAUACAUGAAAGGAGAGCUUCUCCCUGCCGCCAUCUUUGAGAAGGCGCGUAAGGAAGGUAAGAAGCCCGAAAAGGCCAUUGCUGAGGACGAGCGAUUAGCAUCCGAAGUCCAGUACUCGGUGCUCAAAAAGGGUUACAAGCCCGUGUGUCGAUCUUUCUACAACCGUACUGCGUUCCAGCUUCCUGCCGAUGCUCGAGUACGAAUCUCCCUCGAUACGGAGCUCACAAUGGUGAGGGAAGAUAAUCUCGAUGGCCGUACUCGUUGUGGAGACAACUGGCGACGUAUGGACAUUGGCAUCGAUUACCCCUUCUCGCAGCUGCCUGCUGAAGAUGUUGAACGAUUUCCUUAUGCUGUUCUGGAGGUCAAGCUCCAGACACAGGCUGGACAAGAGCCCCCUGAGUGGGUUAGACAGCUUAUUUCAUCUCACCUGGUCGAGGCUGUUCCUAAAUUCUCAAAGUUCAUCCACGGCACGGCGACUCUGUUCCCCGACAGGAUUGACCUCCUACCUUUCUGGAUGCCACAGAUGGAAACCGACAUCCGCAAGCCUGUUACUCACGACUUCGGUAUUCGACGACCUGGCCUCUCAGGAACGACAAACACAUCUGAUGAUGAGGACGACCUGGACUCUGAUGAUGAGGAAGCUGUGGGUUCUGGCCGCAAUGGUACUAACGGAACUAAUGGUACCAAUGGGGAGUCGAGCGCGCAAGGCGCAAGCAGACGCCGAGGACCGACAGCUGUGGAUGUGGAGGGUCAAAUAACCGACCUGCCUGAUGUAAACGAAGACUGUCUUUACGAUUCCGACGAUGAGUAUGAUGAGAAUUACGAGCUGGAAGUCGCCAAGCGCGAAGGCGGCUGGCGCUACUAUUCGACUCUGCUUUCCACCAAGGGUCGACGCAUUGGACAAACUUUGGGUCGACAUGCGGUUGUUGCACUUAAGGCAGCCGUACCUGCACCUCGCAGCACUGCAGUCCCACGCAGCGAGCGACUGCAAGGUUUGUUUGGAAACGACACCAUUCAGAACAAGAAAUUCAAGGCGCCUCCUGGCAAGAAGAUAUACGUACCCGUGCGAGUCGAGCCCAAGGUCUACUUUGCGGCCGAGAGAACCUUUUUGGGAUGGCUCGAAUUUUCUAUCUAUAUCGGUACCAUUGCUGUAACUCUGCUCAACUUUGGUAGCCAUCCUACGCCAGCUCACUUCUGGGUGGCAGGCGUCUUUACACUGCUCGCCAUUAUGAGUCUUUGCUAUUCCGUUUUGACGUACCUCUACAGAAGCCAAGGAAUUCGAUCUCGCAAGGUUGUCAAAUUUUACGACCGCUGGGGGCCUAGUGCGCUCUGUGGAGCUCUCUUCAUCGGCGUGGCUCUCAACUUUGCGUUCGAGGGCAGAGAGAGGAAUCUCUGGUAA